AGCAAGCCGGGCUGAGCACACUCACACACUCCGAGCAGACAGGCUGGCAGAGCAGCGCGGAGCGAGUCACUCGCUGGAGAUUCUUCACACUGUCUUUUUUUUUUUUUUUUUUUUUUUUGGGUGGGUGGGGAGGAAAUUUUACUUACAUGCGGACAACCGCGGAGCCCCCCAGGAUCUAACGAUGUGGACAGAGGUCGGAAAGCUCGUGCUAUUACAUCUGUUACUCCUGGACCUCCAUUGCGCUAAAGGAACUCACACGCAGUCAGAGUGUGAGACCGGGCAGUUUCAAUGCAAGAGCGGAGCGUGCAUCCCGAUCGUGUGGAGAUGUGAUGGAGAUGAUGACUGCCCCGACAGCAGCGAUGAGGAGAAUUGUCCGAAGAAGACGUGCGCAGCCACAGAUUUCACCUGUAAGAAUGGACAGUGUCUUCCUGCUAGGUGGCGCUGUGACGGAGAAGUAGAGUGCGCAGACGGUUCAGAUGAAGCCGAUUCAAUCUGCAGCCGACAGACCUGUCCUCCAGAGAAGUUUGAUUGCGGAGGGGCUGCCAGCAAAUGUGUUUCAUUGUCAUGGCGAUGCGACGGAGAGAGGGACUGCGAGAACGGGGCAGAUGAGGAGCAGUGCGCCGCGGAUGGCAAGGCCUGCCCCUCCAAAGACUUCCAGUGUCGUAACGGGAAAUGUGUGGCACCGAUCUUUGUGUGUGACGGAGACGACGACUGCGGGGACGCCAGCGAUGAGGAGAAAUGUUCGGCUCCCACCUGUGGGCAGCAUGAAUUCCGCUGCAACGACUCGGAGUGCAUCCCCGCCCUGUGGAGCUGUGACGGCGACCCCGACUGCAAGGACAAGUCAGACGAGUCCAUGGAGCGCUGCAGCCGGAGGACGGAGCCCCAGAAACCCCGCUGUCUGGUGAGCGAGUUCCAGUGCGGGAGCGGCGAGUGUGUCCAUUUGAACUGGAAGUGUGACGGCGACCCCGACUGCAAGGAUAAAUCAGAUGAAGCAAACUGUCCACUGCUUACGUGCAGACCUGAUGAGUUCCAGUGUGGCGAUGGCUCCUGUAUUCAUGGCACCAAGCAGUGUAAUAAAGUUCACGACUGUCCGGACUACAGUGAUGAAGCAGGUUGUGUCAACGUUACAAAAUGCGACGGGCCCAAAAAGUUCCGCUGUAAGAACGGGGAGUGUAUCGACAGCAGCAAGGUGUGCGAUAACGUGAAAGACUGCAAGGACUGGUCAGAUGAACCUGUGAAGGAGUGUGGCCUGAAUGAGUGUGCAGACAACAACGGUGGCUGCUCCCACAUCUGCAAGGACCAGAGAAUUGGUUAUGAGUGUGACUGCCCCUCUGGCUACAAACUCCUGGAUAAAAAGACGUGUGGAGACAUAGAUGAAUGUGAGAACCCAGAUGCCUGCAGUCAGAUCUGCAUCAACUACAAAGGGGAUUACAAGUGCGAGUGCUAUGAAGGUUAUGAGAUGGACCCUGCCUCUAAGACGUGCAAAGCCGUAGGAAAGAGUCCGUACCUGCUGUUCACUAACCGUCAUGAAAUCCGUCGUAUUCACCCGCUGAAGAGUGAGUACACACAAGUGGUCCCUACACUGAAGAAUGCCGUGGCCCUGGAUGUGGACGUGUCCACCAACAAGAUGUUCUGGUGUGAUCUGUAUCAUCAGAAAAUAUACAGCGCUUACAUCAACAAGGCCAGUGACUCAUCACAGCAGGUGACGCUCAUCGAUUCGCUCCACUCCCCGGAGGGCCUUGCUGUCGACUGGGUCCACAAGAACAUCUACUGGACGGACUCAGGCAAUAAGAGCAUAUCUGUCGCUACGGGAGAUGGCAGGAAAAGGAAAAUGCUCAUAACCACCGAGCUGAACGAGCCACGAGCCAUCGCAGUGGAUCCGCACCAAGGGUUUAUGUACUGGUCAGACUGGGGAGGUCAGGCCAAAAUUGAGAAGGCUGGGAUGAAUGGAGUGGAUAGACAAAUUUUGGUGUCUGAACACAUUGAAUGGCCCAAUGGAAUAACUCUAGACUUGUCCAACAGACGACUUUACUGGGUGGACUCCAAGCUGCACCUGCUGUCCAGCGUGGAUUUCAAUGGUGACAACCGCAAAGUGCUGCUCUCCUCGCAUCACCACCUGGGCCAUCCCUUUGCCCUCACUGUCUUUGAGGAUCGCGUGUAUUGGACAGACUUGGAAGAUGAAGCGAUAUACAGCGCCAACCGACUGACGGGACACGAUGUGGCCAAGGUCGCAGAGGACCUUAACAACCCCCUGGACCUAGUGGUGUUUCAUGAACAGAGGCAGCCCAAGGGUCCCGAUACCUGUAAUAUGGGCACACUGCCUAAUGGUGGCUGCGAGUACCUCUGCCUGAAGGCGCCUCAGAUCACAGACCACUCCCCCAAGUACACCUGCGCCUGUCCUGACGGCAUGGAGCUAGGACCAGACAUGAGACGCUGUGCGAUCAUUCGACCCCGAACAACCACGACAUCUGCCCCCACCGCAACCACAACUUCCACGACGACCACCACAACAAGCACAACAACAACAACUCCCACAACCGUUGCCAUGACCACAACGCCCUCUACCACCACCACCACCACCACCACCACCACCACCUCUGCUACUACCACAUUACCACCCACAGCCAAGACUACAACACCAGCCCCUCCUCAGACCACCAGGAGCGGCAGAAUCACAGCGCACCCUCGGACUCCCGCCGCUACCAGUACAGAGACGACCAGUUUGAGCAGCACUAGUCAGAAGUCCACGUCCACGCACACCCCCUUAUUGGCUGCCGUGGCUCCCAACAGCAUUCAGAAAGAGAGCAAUGCCAACCUCUCCCACAGAGCUGCGAGUGAUCACUACCUCAUAGGUAACAACAUCACAGUAGCUGUUCUGGGGAUAGUCAUUCCUAUCGUCCCUAUCCUUGCCACAGUGGUCAUCGGAUUGCUCUGCACCGGUGGAUACCUGGUCUGGCGCAACUGGCGGCGCAAGAACACCAAGAGCAUGAACUUCGACAACCCAGUGUACCGCAAAACCACAGAGGAUGACGACGACGAAAUCCACAUCGGGCGUCAGAGCGAGUCCAUCGGUCACGUCUACCCAGCAGUGAGUGGCAGCCACAGUCAGCCAUUCAUAGCGCUUCCUCUAGGGGGCGGCGUCACAGACAACAACUCUCACUGGUAUUCGGGGGCGCCGAUGCUCUCGAACGCUAAGUGAGAGGUACUGCGGAGGAAAGGAAGAGGUGUGAAAUAUUUGUAAAAUGGGAGUUGGCACGAGGGUUUGGAAAAGCCCGUUUUCUUGUACAUGUCAGCCUGGUGGAAAGAAAGAACAGGCUCGCACACGUUCACAUAUCAUUUUAUUUCUUUAUGUUUUUGAAGUAAUUACCGAACACACCUGUCACGCGUACACGUAAACCCUCGACACACAUUUCGUUCACCUUCAGCGACCAUAUUCAUGCGAUACAUCCCUGCUGCCGACCCGCCAUCCCAUUUAUUUGUGCAUCGUGUUAGUGUUUUUGGUUGUUGAAGUGAGUGAUCCCCAUUUCCUGACAAAACCCUUGUGCACAGGCAAAGCAUUAUUCCUUUGCUUCAGACACGUUCAGCAGCCAAGAAAUCAUGAUUAGUGUAGAUGAGAUGCAAAAAAAGAGAGGUGAAAGAGGAGUUGCUCUAUAGCCACUGCUCACAAAUAAAUUGGACAUGUAGAGUAGAUAGUUGCGUCAUAGCAUUGAACUAAUGCGAUUUUGUUUUGAGGUCACACAAAAUUUGAAAAAAGGAGCACAAAUCAGGAUGAAGGACUCUCUCGAAAUACAAUUUAUCUUGCAGAAACCAUAAAUCUCAGCAACGCAAUUUCAGGAUUACCCUGAUGACUUCCCAUUGAUGUAUAUGCAGUUUUAAAAGUCACUGGAAGCGGCAUUUUCUACAAACUCUGGAUACAGCGGCAGCUGCAACACGUAGCAGUAAAGUAAAAUGCCCUUAAAUCCAGACUGUGCGUCAUUAGGAGUUUAUGACAUUUACCGAAUAUGCUUCUUGUUUUGGGUGUCAGAGAGCGAGCGGCGAAGGGCAGCCAAAAAGCAUAAAGGAGGGAGGGCGAGACGGGAGUCUAGCGCUUUGAUCUGUUGGCAUGGUAACACAGAUUUCUUUGUGUCACCCCGGAGAGAAAGAAGGCAAAGAAUUCUGGGUAUCACUGGCAUGAUGACAGGCGGGAAGCACGCUCAGACAGACACUGAAACAGGUGCACGACUGAGUCAUAUUAAGAUUCAAGGUCGAAGUAACAACCUACCCUCGCAGAACGAGAGAGGGGGCUUUACUCCUUCUCUCUCGUUUUCCCAGUUUUAUUACAAACAUUUGUACAAAUCUUAUGUAUUGCCUUUUAUCUCUUUAGUGGUUUUCUUCCUCUUCUUUUCUCGUCCUAACUUUUUCUUGCCCUUUGUCUCAGUGUGGCAGCUCGGGCAGCCAGAGAAAUCAGGCUUGCAUUAUGUGGGCCAGACUUUCGCAACCGUAGGCAGGCAGCCUGCAUUCCUCGCUACGAGCAGCCAGGGAAGGAGGGGACAAACAACACGUUGGGGGGGGGGGGCUGAAUUGGAAAGAAACGAAGACGAAGGUUGGGGAGAGGAGGCAGAAUAGUGAGAGGGCAUCACAUAACAAAGCUGCCAUUUUUCUUCUGGGUUCCACCUAGACUGGAAUCUUGUCUCCCUUUCUCCUCUUUUUCCACUGAGCUUCUCUAUUUUCAUUCCCCGCUGUUCUAUCUCACUUCCUUCUCCUUAACCAGCCUGUUGUGGUAACGGUCUUUUUAUCUGCUGUUUGCAGCGCGUGGCACUCAGUCUGGAGGAUGAUGGCUAUCCCUGAGGGAGGAGGGGGAUGCAGCCUGCACCCCUGCGCUCCCAUACUGGCCCCCUCCUCUCACCACAGCCUCUAGACCACUACAAUGAGGCCAGUACAACGCAGAGGAGAAAAGAAAAGGAGACCUCAUUUUGCCUCCCUGUUUUUAAAGAGCAGGGAUGACAUGUACACCUGUUAAAGCCCACCUCCAUCUCCUACCGUCUCCACUGGAGUAACACUACUACCAUUAUUAGCUACUACUACUACUAUUAGUUUAGUAGCCUUGCUCCACUCCUCUCUUCUCUCUGCCUCUUGUUAGCACCAGUGCUGCUCAAAAUGCUGCUUGAUGAUGAUAUUGUCCAUACUAACCUCAUUCAGCUGUCUCAGUGCACUUUGUAAAUAAAAGGAUUUCUGGCUGCCGUGCAAGCAGGAGAAGGCGGCGUGCAUCAUUUUAAAUUCCUCGUGCUUUCACUGUAUUUAUUUCUGUUGCGUUUGCUGUUGUAAAUAUGUGACCAGCACCUCUCAGUGCACAGCACGAAAGACAAGUUUGGAAGGAUGGUGCAGUACAGUGGCAAGCAAGGACGCUGUAUUUCUUCAUUGUCAUGUAAAGAGACCUUUUUGAAGGGGUUUGUUGCAGGGGGGUGUCAUCCUUUUUCACACCUAGUCCCUCAAAUUUGCCCUUUCACUUACUGUAAAGCUAAAUAUAGCCAAGGAGAGGAAAACUGAUGGGGUCGUCGUACAUUUAGAGGUGAUUUUGGGGAUAAAGGAGACUUUUUUCUUUCUUUUUUUUUUCCUUUGCAAUUGGAGGGUUUGUGCUACCAGAGGGUAGUGCCUCAAGGCUGAAAGCAGCAGGGUAGAAAAGGCAAAGGAUUAUGGGUAAUCCCCUGGCCUCUGCCAUCAGAGGUGUACAUACAGUCAAUAAUGAACUUGGGAUUGUUUUCCUGUUUGCACUGAGUAGCAAGAAUCCCACAUGUGUUUCUGAGUCUUCAUUUGCAUCUGCCAGCGUCAAUAUUCUAGCAGCGAGAACAUAUUCUUUUGAAUUGAUGCAGGGAAUUGGAUGUUAAAUAGUUGUUUAGUGAUCAGAUUUAAAAACAUGUAAGUGCAUGCUGCACUUGCUGUAUGGGAAUCCUGGAGGAAAUGAAGAGUGAGAUGACAAGCUCAUCACAGCAAGAAAACACAGAGGUGUUUGACUUUGAGUGACCCCUUAAACAUCAGUCCCAGCUGGAGUUUUUUGUUUGUUUGUUUUUUGGGAUGAGGUGGGGUGGGGGGCUACCUUUACUCCCCCUUUUUAACAAUGCAGCUGUGUGUUUUCUGGAUGUGAUGCUGUAUUUCUUAUGUCUUGUCACCGUCUCUGUGCGGUGCGCAGAUGAGUAACACACCGAGGCCGACUGAGUUGAGCGCUGAUUUGAAAAAUGGGACCUGAUCUUCCUUGGCUUGCUUCGAACCAGCUUCCAGCCUAUUGAAUCAGUUGCGAUUCAUGCCAAUGAAUAUUGUAAUAAUUGCUCAUCUUGUGCUGGAAUAGGGAAUCACUAGAGGCCGCGAUGACAGAAUAGCAGAACUGUUACAAGUAGUCGAGGCAAAUUGCCAGCGUUCUUAUUCAGGAUAUCGUUUAGUGUCCUAAUUGAAAAUUUGACAGUUUUAAGCACAGUUAAAACACAUUAUAUACUCUGUAAGGCAGUUUUGGAUGGUCUAAACUAUAAAUACAUGAAACACUCGUCUUCCAUUCUUGCCUAAUGAAUCUGAUCAAUGCUGCAUGUAAGAUCCUACAUAUUGGACUAGUAAAUCCAAUAUGACUAAAUAACACACACACGCACACAAAAGUUCCCAAUGCAAAUGUUAAAGUCUUCCAUCCUAGACUCAGUACGGUCUCAGAUUAUGUAUUCAUGCAACAGUUGAUUAAUGACGGUUAUUAUUCAUGGAUUUCACUAUUUCUUGGAAGGCUUAGCUUCAGCGUAGAAGCUCAGAUAACCACGAGGGAGGAACAGAAAGGCAAGGAAAACAAAGAUGAAAGGUGGUGUAGGGCUUGACUGCCAGAAUUUAUACGCCGCCAUAUGUGAGCAGGUUUGUACUUGGAAGAUGAACGGUGGGUCGUUUGUUUUCCCGGAUUUCUGCCAGUGUUGGCAUCGCUGUAUUCUGACAGUCGCUCCUCUCGCCUCCCUCGAAAGGAUGGCACUCUCUCCUCUCAGUUUAUGAAGCACAGUUGUGUGAACUGUGUGUGACAAGUAGCAAGCUAGACAGGUAAAUUGUAGUCCUCUCCAGCAGCGCGCUCCCCCUACAUCCAUCUAAACGGAGGAGGAUCGAGCGCAAGGGGGAGGCCAUCUCCCUUCAUCUUCACCUUGUACAGAUGAAGCAAAAUGUAAUGCACUGCACAGUGGGGAAGAUUGGGACUCCACUCAGCAUGACGUUAGACUGGUUUGUUAGUUUCCACCAGUGACUGCUUUUUAGGCCUUUAAGAAUUGACAUAUAUUGAACAGAUUUGACUAAACACUGAAAACAAUGAUGUAGAUUAGCCACUGCAGUUUUCAUGCGUAUAGGAUCCAGUUCCCAAAGGAGAGAUUAGGUAGUGAUGGAAAAAUCUGCAUGUAAGCUAUCUUUGUGAAUUUAAGAUUAAAUAAAUCACAGCUCCCUGAGCUGAGUCAGC